UAAUUAAAAAAGAAAAAUAAAACACAGAGCAAUAAUAAAAACUCUCUCUCUCUCUCUCUCUAUCACUCACUCUAUCUUGAUUCUGUUCACUCAUUUCAAAAAAACACUUACCAAUCUCGGAGCCCUAGAUCUCUCCUCUCCGUUUCCACCGAAGAUGCGUGAGAUCCUUCACAUCCAGGGAGGCCAGUGCGGUAACCAGAUCGGUGCCAAGUUCUGGGAAGUCGUCUGCGCCGAGCACGGCAUCGAUCCCACCGGUCGAUACACCGGAGACUCAGAUCUGCAGCUCGAGCGCAUCAACGUCUACUACAAUGAAGCAAGCUGCGGGAGAUUCGUCCCUCGCGCCGUCCUCAUGGAUCUGGAGCCUGGAACCAUGGACAGUCUCAGAUCUGGACCUUACGGUCAAACCUUCCGCCCCGAUAACUUCGUCUUCGGCCAAUCAGGAGCCGGUAACAACUGGGCCAAGGGGCACUACACUGAAGGAGCUGAGCUAAUCGAUUCAGUGCUCGAUGUUGUUCGUAAGGAGGCUGAGAACUGUGACUGUCUUCAAGGGUUUCAGGUUUGCCAUUCCUUGGGAGGAGGAACUGGAUCUGGUAUGGGAACGCUUCUGAUCUCUAAGAUCCGUGAAGAGUACCCAGAUCGGAUGAUGCUUACCUUCUCAGUGUUUCCUUCCCCAAAGGUCUCUGACACCGUCGUUGAGCCUUACAACGCUACGCUGUCUGUUCAUCAGCUGGUUGAGAACGCUGAUGAGUGUAUGGUUCUUGACAACGAGGCCUUGUAUGAUAUCUGCUUCAGGACUCUCAAACUCACUACCCCUAGCUUUGGUGAUUUGAACCACUUGAUAUCUGCCACCAUGUCUGGUGUGACUUGCUGUUUGAGGUUCCCUGGUCAGCUCAACUCUGACCUCCGCAAGCUCGCUGUGAACCUGAUCCCAUUCCCACGUCUUCACUUCUUCAUGGUGGGUUUUGCUCCCCUCACCUCAAGAGGAUCUCAGCAGUACCGUUCCCUCACAGUCCCUGAGCUCACCCAGCAGAUGUGGGACUCCAAGAACAUGAUGUGUGCUGCAGACCCAAGACACGGUCGCUACCUCACAGCCUCCGCCAUGUUCCGUGGCAAGAUGAGCACAAAGGAAGUGGACGAGCAGAUGCUGAACGUGCAGAACAAGAACUCAUCCUACUUUGUGGAGUGGAUCCCAAACAACGUGAAGUCAACAGUCUGUGACAUCCCGCCAACUGGUCUGAAGAUGGCGUCAACUUUCAUUGGAAACUCGACUUCGAUCCAGGAGAUGUUUAGGCGUGUGAGUGAGCAGUUCACAGCUAUGUUCAGGAGGAAGGCUUUCUUGCAUUGGUACACAGGGGAAGGAAUGGACGAGAUGGAGUUUACGGAAGCGGAGAGCAACAUGAACGAUCUGGUUUCGGAGUACCAGCAAUACCAAGAUGCAACAGCAGAUGAAGAAGGUGAGUACGAGGAUGAGGAAGAAGGAGAAUACCAACAAGAGGAAGAGUACUGAUGAGUAACUACGUCACACCUCCCCUUAAACAAUUUAGUCUUUUGCUACUUUAUGAAAAAGAAAACCUCAACUACCAGUUGCAGGUUUAUUUGGUUUGUAUGGACAACUCUAGGAUCUUCUUCUCUUUACUUUGUGGACUGUUGUUCUCUCUACUUUAUGUUCUUAAUUUCGGUUUGGUUUAUCGUUUGAAUAUUUGCCUUUACAUGGUUGUUAUCGUUGUUGUUACUUGUUUAGUUGGUAUGUAUAACAGUUAAAAAAAAUUCCUGUUUAAAUUA